CCAUAAAUCGCAGUGUAUCAAGUCUAACAAACCAGAGGAACGCUUAUCAUUAUUCUUAAAAGGUAAACGGUGACUUUUUGCCAGUUGACAAGAACAACAUGUAAUAGGUUUGGGCAGGACAAAAGUAACAAGUAAAUGUCCUAGUUUAUUCAAUAACCGAAUAGUAGAAAAGGAGACAUGUCCAAGUCUUGAAUGCCAAAGCUCAUAGGACGCUCGAAGCUUGUGAGAACGUAACUCCCCUGCCCCACGAUCUCCCUUGUAUGCUGAUCGGGCUAAACUUGCAAGUAUACAAGUGCCGAUGUAGUAAUAAAAUACCGGUAAAUACCGGGUCGAUCCACAGGGAAAUGGUUGAUAUUAUAAAGUCGAGUAUUGAAUGCAAAGAAUGUAAAUGAUAUAUUUUUUUAGGAACUUUGCUCUUUGAGAUUGGUUUAAACAAGAAUGAGAAUUACUAAGGCAAUCGGGAUUCACCUAAAUGCUUUAAUAGUUAUUUAAUAAUAGUUCUUCUCCAAUAAUUAUGAAUACGAUGUCGCUAAUAUAUUCUCAACUCCGGUUAAGGCAGCGAGAGCGUGGUUUUCGUUACGUGUAAGUCCCGUUACGGCUCACAUUCAUCUACCGAAAACCCCGUUGAAUAUCAAGACAUCACACCCGUAUCAUAUAAGACCGGAUAUAUUUCUAUUCUCGGUGCUAUAUAUGUUUAUCCUUUAGUGUUCAUAGUUUAGACUUCAACGUUAAUUGCAAGCAUAAACUAAAUUUAACAUACUUCUAUGUUGUACACCAUAGUCAUAAACAAUCAAAAUAUAAAGGAUAAAUCACAAUUUAUUGGUUUAGAACUUUUAUCAAACACCUAGUGUGCAUAGAGGUUCAUCCCUAGCCUUAGCUAAGAAAUUAGCCUCUAAUGCUCAUAUUAAUCACAAUACAAUAUGAAAUGUAAUGGAACAUGAAAUUACAAAGGAAAUAAUACCUAAACACCAAUGGUUUCGGAGGUUGAAGUUUCCUCCUCAAGAACUUGAAGAAAAUACCAAGAACAAAAAUAUAAAAGCUAAGAAUUAAUCUAUGGAAUGGAAUGUGUUUGCUUGAUGAAUUGAGGGCUUUAUAUAGGCUAAAGAAAGGCAUAUUUUGGUCUAUUCAAGCCCAACAAUCGGGUGUGGAAGCAAUAUUUGAUCAGAUAUGGAGGAAGAUGAAGUUUUCCCAUCAAGAAUCACUUGCACGUUGCUGUGUUUUAGCAGAAAAUCGUCCCAACCGGCGCCGGUUAUGUUCCGACCGGCCCCGGUUCAAAACAGCCUCAUUUUUGCGUGAAAAAACCUUCCGACCGGCGCCGGUUCUUGAAUAUCCGGCGCCGGUUGCUGCGCCCAACAAUACACUUCAUUUUUCUUCUUCCGAAAUGGAUCAAAAAGUGUCGGGUUUUGUCCCAGGAUUUUGUGGAUGUUAUGCUAUGAAUUUGAACAUGAUUCCUUCACCAAAGUUGUAGAUAAUGAAGUCUUCUAUCCACCAAAACUUGAAUGACGUGAUUUUAUUCAUCCAAUCAAACGUUAUGGCUAAAACACUGAGAGGUAUGCAUCCUGAAAUCCCACCAGCAACAUCUGACUUUGUUGGUUGAUUGAGUCUUGUUCCUUUCAUAUUUUGGCCAUGACGUCUUCAUAACAUUUGUACCUUAUUGAGUUAGCAUUCACAUGAAACUCGAAUCGAGUGAUUUCGAGUUCUAUAGAAUACGUUAUACUCAAAUUAUGGGCAGAACGUCAUUCUCUUGGUCUAAAAAGUCGUUCAUCGCAAUGUUUUAUGCUCUAGCUCUCAUUCUGGAUAUAUUUGCCCGAUUUCUCUUCUUUUCUUCAACAAAUACUUAUAAAUACUUAUGUUAAACACAAGUAAAUAUAACGUCUAUCAAAUCCCCCCACACUUGAGCGUUGCUUGUCCUCAAGCAAUUUCUUCAACUUUGGAUGCCUUGGUUAGUUUCAACAAAAAUAUAUGAACAAAAAUAAUUUUAAUUUUAAGAGAGGUAAAAACUCAUGUAAACUCUUUUAUCUUUUUCGGUCCAAAACCAAAUUUCUAUUAGACACACAAAACUAUCAUUAGAUUUAGAAAAAUUACUUAUACCCUUGAGAGUAGAUGAGUGGAUUGUGACUAGGACUUUUUGGGUGUGUAUGAUGGCUUUUUUUGUGUGUAUUUGACUUUUGAGUAUAGAAAUGGAUCGGUUGAAAUUCUUGGAAGAGACCAUGAGUUUUUUUUCAUCUGAAUGGAUUCUCAACAAGUAUUUACUCAAAGUCAUUUUGAUGAUCCCAAUUUAUUUGAUGAGUUGUGGGGUGGCUUGUUUUCCAAAAUGGUUCUUGAAUAUUUGAGAUGUUCUUAAACCAUUUUUUUGGAAGUGAAAGAAGGUGGUGUUCCUAGUCACAAGUUUUUUUUUGGGUGGUUUUCAAGAGUAAAGAGUAGUGUAAUAAAUCUAAAAAAUGAUAGUUUAUGUGAAUAAUCAAAACUUUCUCAACCAAAUAUCCAUUAAAAAGAGAAUUAUCACAAGUUUUACCUUCCUAAAAAAUUAUUUUGCACACAAAAUUUGUUUAACUAACCAUGAGAUGCACCCCCCCCACACUUGAGAUACAUUGUCCUCAAUGUACAUUUUUGGAUACAAUAGAGGACGAAAACUUCAAUAGCAGAAUGGACCGUCUUGUGAGAGUAGGAGUUGCAUGACACCUGAGUUUAGAUGAUUUUUUUUUUUUUGUGCUUUUUUUUUUGUUUUUUUUUUGUUUUUUUUUUUUGUUUUUUUUUUUGUUUUUUUUUGUUUUUUUUUUUUUGUUUUUUUUUUGUUUUUUUUUUGUUGGGUUGCCUCCCAAUUAGCGCUUAGUUUAACGUCAUAGGCCGGACGAACGUACCUCUUUUGUGUAGCUGAAUUCCCGGAGGUGUUUAGCUAGUAGGACCUCUCUUUUAAAAUCUUGCGGGGGAGGAGAGGAUGUGAAGCUAUUAUUUUCAAUAUUGAGAAAAGUAUCACCCGGGUCAAAAAUGUACCUUUUUGGCGUGUCUCGAUUAUGUCCUCCUUUCUUGUUGACGUUUACUUCUUGAAUGGAAAAGUGGUCUCCUCUACCAUUUGGAGGCGUGAGAACAUUAGCUUCCGACUUCAAGAAAUUCUCUAAAGUGGGUUGUACUCUCCACACAUGAAAUAUGUCAUUUUUAUCUCCCACAAAUAGAUUUCUAGUCCCAUCGUGUACAUCUGAGGUCUUCUUGCUCUCCGGAACUUUGGGAACCUCCUUUCCUCUUUUGCUUUCCGUUGUGAUGACCAUGGUACUUCCUGCUAUAGUAUCUUGUUGAGCAAGUUGGUCAAUCUGCAAUUGUAGAGUGUGGAAGGAGCUUUUGGUAUCUCGCUCGAGGUUGUCCAUCCUUUGAUUAAGAAUUGUGUUUUGAUUUUCAAUUCGGGUGUCAAGUUUGGUAAAUUGAGAAUGGAGAUUCUCAACGGAUGCCUCCAUUCUACUAUAAUGUUUUUCAUUUUCAGCUUGAAUACUUGUGGUAAGAAACGUCAUCAUCUCUUCCAUGGUGGACUGAAAGUUUGAAGAACUCCCUUGCGGUUUCCAAUUGUUGUCUUGGUUCCCC